GUAAAUAAAAUCUUUAAAAAGCAAAAAAGCAAAAAAAAAAAACCCACAUGCAUAACGUUUUCUGUUUCUCCUCCUUAAUUAGCUUCUCUCCUUUAAGAAAAGCAAAGCCCUUUCUCCUGAUUUCACCAAAUUAACGCUGACCACCCUCAUCACUGAUGAAGCUCCUGUGGUCUUGGGAAUGGAAGCAGUGGAUCGGUCAGGGGCCUGGGCCCCUAGAAUGAGGAGGUCAUGUCUGGAGCUCCCUGUGUUAGGCCUAGGAUGUGAGUGCCCCUGAUGAAAAUAAAUUUUCAGAGAAUCAGCAGGCAAUAUUACUGGCGUGUUUAAGCUACGCUACUUCAGGUAUAUAGCAUGAAUAAAAAUGGGGUCCCUGCCCUCAAGAAUUGUGCACUCUUGGGGGUUAGGCAUGACAUUAUGAAUAUGUUGUCAUACGGGUGUGACUGGCACAUCAGGGCUAGGGAGAUAAAAUGGGCCCAGAGGGGUGUGAGGAUUGUUUCAUAGGGGAGCUGGCCCUGGAUGAGCCCAUGGGAUGGACAGAAGCCCUCCAAGCCUGGGGUCCAGCCUCAGCAGGGAACUUGGGUGGAGGGUAGGUCCCAGGACUGCGGGCUAGGUCUGGGGCAGAGGCCCGGACUGCUGGUACCUCCAGGUGGGCAGGCUGGCUGAGUUCAUCCACAGUCCAUGGCACCUGGCCCUGAAGCCUUCGGUCCUCAAGAGUGUGACCUCCAGGGGCACAAGGAGCCAGUGAGGCUGCUGACCAGAGCUGAGUGAGAGGUGCGUGUGUCACUGGGGGACCAGCUGGGAGGUCUCCGCCCUGCCCAGGUGGGGGUGGGGGCAGAGCCAUGUCCAGAGGGGAGGGGAGUCGAUGCUGGCAGUGUCCUGGGGUGAAUCUCGUAGGACAGGCCACCAGCUGCACCAAGGUCACACUGGAGGCUUCUCCCAGUCUGACCUUGCCUACUGCUCUAGGGUUGAAGAAUAUGUAGGCUGAAGAUGGAAAUACACAACAAGGGUUGGGAAGGUUCAAAUGGGCUCGGAAUUUGGAGAUAGUGCUACAGGUGCCCAGAGGGAUAUUUCCAGCUGUGUCCAGAUGAGCGGGAAGAAGAAGGGACACACUCACUCUCGGAUGCUGAUGGUGUAGCGCUCACAGGUAAGUGCUCCCUGCCAGGAGGGACAUGACCGGGACCGGCUCCUGCCCAGACCAAUCCUUUCAGGGACUCAGAGGAUGCACACCAGUCCCCAGCAUGCUGACAACAGUGCCUGCGGGGUAGGGGAGUGGGGAGUGGUGGCCACGGAGCAGGAGGGAUGGCCCAGAGGUGGGAUGAGGCAAAUUCAAUCACUCAGGGGACACCUGCCACAUGGUACAUCCUGGCUGCUGGCAGCGUGGCAGAGAACCAAAGAGAGGACACCUGUCCUCAGCAGCAGAAUUCUGAUUUACAGAAAGAUGGCUUUUAAAAGGACAUGGCCCUCAGGACAGCAUGGCCUCCCAGGUGCUCCCUGGCAGGUUUGUGUCUGUGGGAUGCUGUGUUCUGCUGGUAAACACGCGUGUCCUUUGACUCCAUUUGGUGUCCUGGCCUCGAGCCUUUGUGCAAGGUGGACCCAGCCCUCCACACCUGCCUUCAGAUUCAGUUCGGGAUUUUCACAGCUACGUGAACUCUGGAGAAACUCUCGCCAUCCCCAUUUGGAAAUGAACUGAGCGUUUUUCUCAGUGAGACCUCCAUGCCUGCCCGCUGUGAGCCACCACCAGCCUAGCUCAGACUCCAGGUGUCCAGGACCAAGAGGAUCUGUGAAGGAUUGAGGGGCCCCCCUGGCUGGGGCUAAGUGUGAAGACGUGCCCAGAACUCAUCUGAGCUUAGCCAGCCUGUCUGCUGUCCCAGCCAUUAGCUCAGGAAAGGGCACCUGCUCCCCUAAUGGCUGGGAUCAAAGCUAAGUGGAUUCAACUGAAAUGGGAGGGCUGCUGGCCCUCUUACCCCCAGUCUCAUUAUCAUAAUUAACAGUGCCUGGCAGGGGUAAUGGGCCGCACUGACUGUGCCACUCCCGUGGCCCUCAGAGUCCAGACUCCAGCUAGCUCACGUACAUGGACUCACGCUGUCUCUGGCCUCUGUGACUGGGCAUGAUGUCCUCGAGGAUCACCAGGUCACACCAAGCAUUGGCAUCUCCUCUGCAUCAAGGCUGACUCAUACAUUGUGUGGACACCACGUCUUGUCAACCUACUCAUUUGUCGGUGGACGUCCCCAUUGUCCCCAGACCAACUAAACCAUCUCUUCAUGCGGACCCAUGUACCUGUAUUGUUUUCAUGUCUCUGGUGAUUUCAAAGGACAGCUGAGUUCAAGAACCCUCCAUCUACACCAGAGAGUCUCCGGUUUGCGUGUGCAGAAAAUUCACCCUUGUUGAGAGUCCAGAGGCCUGUUGUAAGGCUGUGUCCUGUCCCUGGACUUCCUCCUCUGGGCUCCCCCAGGGACUCUGACCUGCCAUCCUGAGAAAGACUUUCCUUGCUCGUCUGUCCCUUGUUGAAGUGUAAGCACACCAGGAUUGGGGAACAGAUGCACCCAGGUCCCUGAGCCUCUGGGAUCUUGAGUCCACACCAGACCCAGAAGGUCCCCGAGCCCAUCCUGCAGGUUCACCAGGCUCCCAGACACACGGCAGCUUCUACCUCCCCUGAACUGGAUCCCUUAGCCUUGAACUGGAGCACAGUCCCUGCUGCUGUAGUGUGCGGUGUGAAUAGCCAUCUCGUUUGAUUCACAUGCUAGGAGGUGCGAAUUUCAUGUGGGCUUGUGAGCAGUUUCUUAGGUUUAAAUGAAGAAAACUGGGCCCAGCUGAGCCACCCUACAUUUGAAUAAACGCGACACACUUGGCAACCCAUCACGGACCUUGGUUCCCCACCCACAUCUGCUGUCACAGCAGUCCACCUGCUUCCAGGGAUCCCUUGUGCGCCGUCUCCCUCAGCUCAGUGCAAGCCUGGGACACAGGCUCUGCGGCCCUCAAGGAGAAUCUGCCUCCUGAGAACCACGUCUCCCACUGCGUGGCCCAGUGUGGACCACCACAGCUGCACCAGAUUCUGGAACUGCAACCCGGAGCACCUGCCAGGAGGCGGGAGCCCGAUGCGGGUCACCACCAGAGACCUGCAGUCUCUCAUCUCGUCUCCGUGAAGAAUGCAGGUGUGUCUACUGUAAACUCAAGGACACUGGCUCCAAGGACCACCUGAACCCAGAAGAAAUUUACUGAGGAAGGAAGAGGCAGUUCCGCUGUCAGGACUCCGUGAGAUCAUCCCUGCGAGAGACAACCGCAAGCUACGUGGGUGGAGAGGCAAGGGAAGAACUUCUGGCUUUAAUCAUCAUGUGCCUCUGCAGCACACAUCCUUCCCAGCGCUUGCUGCACUGACGGCAACAUAGCCACCAGGGAGACAGACGGCAGACAAGGAAACCGGUGGCUGCACAAGCCUCAGGGUUUCCAUGGAAACCCCACCACAGAUCAACCCCAAGGUGGAGCAAAACCUCCGCAGAGUCAUGGUCCAGCCCCACAGGACGCUGUGGCCGUGGCUGCGGGUUAACGCUCGGUGCAGACCCGCACCUGCUUCCUGUUCCCCUCCUACCUUCGCCCCAUUCUCCAUCCAGAGAGUCACAGAGUACUUCCUUCCCUUUGGAGGUUCCACAGAGAGCAGGCCGAAUGCGCCCCGGGCACAGCAGGUACAGCCCCUCUCCACCUGGUGCAGGGCUGGGGACACAAGCCAGACGCAAAUAGGGAUGCCCUGACCUGCAGCCUGCCCACCCCAUCAUGCAGGCUGUGUUGACCUGCCACGUCUGAUGCUCGUGGAGGGUGAGGAGGACCAGCGUUUGUAUGAUGCAACAGGCCGUGUAUGUGUGGAGUGAGGGCAGAGGUGUGGACGGGCCCGUGCCCUGGGCAGGCUUCCACGGCAGACCUUGAAUGACUGAUUGCAGGAACGAGUGAAUGAGAAACGGACUUGUUGUAAAGGAUCAUGGGAGGCCACCUGGACCUUCUGUUGGGGGUAAUGCUCGUGGCCAGCCCUGUGCUAACAAUUCCUUCCUGCACCUCUGAUGGCCAGAGGGCCUUGUAUCGAUCCUGCAACCUAACCCAGGUGCCACCAGUCCCCAGCACCACCCAGAUCCUCCUGCUCAGCUUCAACUAUAUCCGGACUGUGACAACCACGUCCUUCCCCUUCCUGGAGCAGCUGCAGCUGCUGGAGCUCGGGACUCAGUUUACCCCCUUUACCAUUGGCAGAGAGGCCUUCAGAAACCUGCCCAACCUCAGGGUCUUGGACCUGGGCAAGAGUCAGGUGGAUUUCCUGCAUCCCGAUGCUUUCCAGGGGCUGCCCCGCCUGCAGGAACUUAGACUCUUCCACUGUGGUCUGUCCGAUAAGAUAUUAAAAGAUGGUUACUUCAGAAAUUUGGAGUCUUUGUUUCGCCUGGACCUGUCCAAAAAUCAGAUUCAUAGCCUUAACCUUCACCCUUCGUUCUGGGAAUUAAAUUCCCUGAAGUCCAUUGAUUUUUCCCUCAACCAGAUACCCGUCGCGUGUGAACACGAGCUUCAGCCGCUGCAAGGGAAAACGCUCUCGCUAUUAAACCUCGCCUCCAAUCAGCUGUACAGCAGGGGCUCCAUGGACUGGGGCGCGUGCAUGAACCCAUUCAAAAACAUGGUCUUGGAGACCCUGGAUGUUUCUGGCAAUGGCUGGACUGCAGACAUCAUAGGCAACUUCAGCAGGGCCGUCAGCGGGAGCCAGAUCUCCUCCCUGGUGCUGGCCCACCACAUUAUGGGGUCCGGGUUUGGCUUCCGGAACAUCAGGGACCCCAACCGGGACACGUUCGCAGGCCUGGCCAGGAGCAAGCUGCUGUGGCUGGACCUGUCCUAUGGCUUCAUCUUCUCCCUGAACUUCCGAGUCUUUGAGGCCCUCAAGGACUUGAAGCUCCUGCAGCUGGCCCACAACAAGAUCAACCGGAUUGCAGGAGAAGCGUUUUAUGGCCUCGACAGCCUCCAGGUUCUCAACAUGUCCUACAACCUCCUGGGGGAGCUUUAUGAUUCUGAUUUCUCUGGACUCCGUCAGGUAGCCUAUAUUGAUCUCCAAAACAAUCAUAUUGGGAUCAUUCAGAGCCAGACCUUCAGGUUCCUGAAAACGUUACAGACCUUGGAUCUGCGGGACAAUGCUCUCAAAACAAUCCCUUUCCUGCCAAGCCUAGACACCAUCUUCUUGGGUAGCAACAAGUUGGCGGCCUUGCCAGACACGGAGCUUAAAGCCAACUUCAUCCACUUGUCCGAAAACAGGCUGGAGGAUCUGGACGAUCUCUACUUCCUCCUCCAGGUUCCCGACCUCCAGGUCCUCAUUCUGAAUCAAAACCGCUUUUCCUCUUGCAGCCGUGCUCGCGGCCCGGCAGGGAGCCUCAGCCUGGAAACGCUUUUCCUCGGAGGAAACAUGUUGCAGCUUGCCUGGGAAACUGGCUUCUGCUGGGAUGUCUUCAAGGGGCUUUCACGGCUCCGGGUCCUGUAUCUGAACAAUAACUACCUGACCUUCCUCCCGCCCGGGGCCCUUGGCGAUCUGAGCGCGCUGAGGGGUCUCGACCUCAGCUCCAACAGGUUGAUGGCGCUUGCUCCUGGUGACCUGCCUGCCAACCUGGAGGUGCUGGAUGUGUCCAGAAACCAGCUCCUGUCCCUGGACCCCGACCUGCUGGCGUCCCUCACCGCUGUGGACAUAACACACAACAAGUUCAUCUGUGAGUGUGACCUCCGUUCUCUCAUUGUUUGGCUCAACCAGACCAAUGUCACCGUGCUUGGGUCUGGUGCAGACAUCUCCUGCAUGUACCCCAACACACUCACAGGGACCCCCCUCUCCUCUGUCUCCAUGGAGGACUGUGAUGAAGAGGAGGUCUUGAAGGCCCUACGGUUGUCUCUUUUCGUCUCCUCCACGGUGACCCUGACUCUGUUCCUUGUGACAGUCUUCGUGUCUACCAAGCUCCGGGGCCUUUGUUUUGUCUGCUACAGGGCGGCCUGCGGACUGCUGCCCACGGUCCAGGCCGAGCGCCACGAGUCUGAGCCGUACAGAUACGACGCAUACCUCUGCUUCAGCGGCAGAGACUUUGAGUGGGUGCAGCGGGCACUGCUCAGACACCUGGAUGCUCAGUAUAGUGCCGAGAACAGAUUCAACCUGUGCUUUGAAGAAAGAGACUUUGUCCCGGGGCGGGAGCACAUCGCCAACAUCCAGGACGCUGUGUGGGGCAGCAGGAAGGUGGUCUGCCUCGUGAGCAGACACUUCCUCCGGGACGGGUGGUGCCUGGAAGCCUUUGCCUAUGCCCAGAGCAGGUGUGUGUCUGAUGUGGACGGCGCCCUCAUCCUGGUGAUCGUCGGGUCCCUGUCCCAGUACCAGCUGAUGAAGCACCGAGGCAUUGCAGGGUUUGUGCGGAAACGGCACUACCUGAGGUGGCCCGAGGACCUCCAGGACGUGGGCUGGUUCCUUCACACACUCUCCCAGCACAUUCUGAAGAGAGAGAAGGACACCGUCAGGGAUGGCAGCAUCCAGCUGCAGGCUGUGGUGACCGUCUCCUAGCCAAGGAGCAUUUCCCCCUAAUCUCACUCCACAGAUAACUCUUACUGUUUUGGGGUCCUAUUUUGGAGGUUUGUUUUUUUUUUUUCUUACUAGGAAAACAACAUAGCUCUGAAUUCUCACAGCCACAUGAUGCCUGGUCUCACUGACCUGGAAGUGGAAAGGAAUCCUGUUCUUUCCAGACUCACUGACCACAGGACACACCUUCGUCAUGGGAAGGGCACGAGGAGAGGUGUCCCAGGUGGCUGAGAGCCUUUCUCUGGUGCUCACUCAGUUGGCAAGGGGUGCCCUGUGCUCUGCAGAACAACACUGAGGAGGAAGAAUGGAAAAGACGGUGUGUCUCCUGCUUCCACCUCGGGGACGACACCGCUGCUGGGAGCUGGUCCUACUUUGUCUGAGAUAAGCACUGGCCCCACAGAAGCUGGCAGGAGAGGACCUGGAUCUUGUCGAGACCAUAGCGCUCUCCCUGCUCCUCAUGAGCUCUUCUUCUUCACACGUGGCCUGUGUUCCCCUUCCUUCUCUCCCACACCCUGUUCAUCCACUGUGCUACACGGGGAGCCCGGUUCCAGGCCUGAUUCUGCUGCUCAGGCACUGUGUGACCUCAAGCACAUGACAACCCCUCUCUGGGCCUGCUUUUUUUUUUUUUAUCUGCGGGCCAGGUGCUAUCUACCAAGAACCUCAGGCUUCUCAGAUCUUUUCCUUAGUUACCUUGCUGGCCCCAAGGGCAUGCGCACACAGAGGGGCCUUCUGGAGGCAGUCAAAACUUCUCUGAAGUUGUAUUUUUUUUUUAAUCUUAAAAGAAGUCUCUGUAUAUUUUGCA